UACAGAACCUAAACCCAAACACAAACCCUACCGCCAAACCAAUCCUGACCUAAAAUAAAUUUCAUUGCUCCACGGCCGAGCUAGACCAACCAUAACCAUAACCAUGGGCACUUCUUCCGAAAACGCUGCCGCUGGUGGCCGAGGCACCGCCGUCCCCAAAGAAGUCGACUACGCGAAUUACUUCUGCACCUAUUCCUUUCUCUAUCACCAAAAAGAAAUGCUCUCAGAUCGUGUUCGUAUGGAUGCAUACUUCAACGCUGUUUUUGAAAACAAACACCACUUUAAAGACAAGGUUGUUUUGGAUGUUGGUGCUGGAAGUGGGAUUCUUGCUAUAUGGUCAGCUCAAGCAGGUGCAAAGAAGGUUUAUGCUGUUGAAGCUACUAAGAUGUCGGAGCAUGCUCGUGCGCUUGUUAAAUCGAAUAAUCUUGAGCAGGUUGUUGAGGUUAUUGAGGGUUCUGUUGAGGAUGUUACAUUGCCUGAGAAAGUUGAUGUUAUCAUCUCCGAAUGGAUGGGUUAUUUUCUUUUGCGAGAAUCUAUGUUUGAUUCUGUCAUAUGUGCUCGUGACCGCUGGCUCAAACCAACAGGAGUGAUGUAUCCUAGUCAUGCUCGUAUGUGGAUGGCACCCAUUAGGACUGGGAUAGUAGAACAAAAGUUGGGCGAUUACCAGUCAUCUAUGGGCGAUUGGCACAACUUUGUCGAUGAAACAAAAGCCUUCUAUGGUGUUGAUAUGAGCACUUUGGCAAAGCCUUUUGCUGAGGAGCAGAGGAAAUACUAUCUACAGACAUCCUUGUGGAGCAAUCUUCAUCCACAUCAAGUCAUAGGAACUGCUGGUAUAGUAAAGGAAAUUGACUGUUUGACUGCCACAGUGGCAGACAUAGAGGAAGUUAGAUCAAACUUUUCUCUGUCAAUAACCACGGAGAACACAAAACUGUGUGGAUUUGGAGGGUGGUUUGAUGUACAUUUCCGGGGACGAAGUGAGGAUCCAGCUGAACAUGAGAUUGAGUUAACCACCGCUCCUAGUGUAGAUUACUGUACACACUGGGGUCAGCAGGUUUUCCUUGUAAAUCCUCCUACCCAUGUGAGUGAAGGUGAUGACCUAACUGUUAAUUUUCUAAUGAGUCGCUCGAAGGGAAACCAUCGUUUAAUGGAGGUUGAGCUUGGCUUUGAGAUUCAAAAGCAUUCGGGCAAGCUUGUUGCACCUUUCAAAAAUAAGUACUAUAUUGAAUGAUAGUUUAGAUUCCUUUGUUCGCGGAUCUUCAAGCAGUAUCCCACGUCUUUGAUUAUUUUUUUUGAACAGGAAGGACUAUUGCAUGAUUUUCAAUCUUAUCGAACUGUACGGUUAUUAAGGGUUGUAUUAGUUCAAUUUUGUUUACAGAAGAAAGCAGUUGGCAUUGCUUUUAAUACUUGGUCCUUCCGAUCAUUUGGUUGUGUGUGACAUGUGACUCGUAAGGGAUAUUGUUCAGCAUUAUUCAGUGAUGGUUGGAUAAACCUCGUAUUGGUACUUUUUCCCAACUUUCAAGCAAAGCUUGUGGCUUUUUUUUUGUUAUAUAUAUUUAUGAUAUUAUUUACUGAAGUUUGUAUUUAUUGAUUAUUUAAUUGUGGGAUGUCUGAUUUUAUUUUUGUCCUUCCA